UAAUAAUGCAAGAUAUGCGCAGGUUAGACAAAGUCCUUAUUACAUAUUCGCGCCAGAUAUGCACUCUUUCAACGCCCAAUCUCAAUUCCAUGAUUAACACUUACUUUCAACAAAAUUGCAUUAACCAUGCACGUAAACUGUUUGAUCAAAACCCCUCGUCCCGAAACGUCGUCUCUUGGAACACAAUGAUCAAUGGUUAUGUUAAGAACCACCAAAUGCAACAUGCCCACGAUUUGUUCGAUGAAAUGCCCAUGAAAGACGUGGUUUCUUGGAACACCAUGCUAUCAGGUUUUCACAAGACCAAAAAUCCAGAAGCAGUGUAUUUAUGCAUUGUACAAAUGAGAAGGGUUGGUUUUAGACCCAAUGAGUAUACUCUAUCUAUAGUGAUUAGUGCAUUUUUGGACUCAGUGUUCAAUGUCUUAGUCUCACAAAUUCAUGCUCAUGCCGUCUGUUUGGCGCUUAAUAUGAGUGUUUUUGUUGGGUCAGCAUUGAUGAGAGGAUACGCAAAUGUGGGGAAUCAGGUGGGUUUACGGAGAGUGUUUGAGGAUAUUUUGGUAAAAGAUGUCACAUCAUGGAAUGCAUUGGUUUCCGGUUAUAUGAAAUUGGGUUGCAUGGUUGAGGCUCAGGGAGUCUUUGAUGCGAUGCCUGAGAGGAAUAUAGUCUCUUGGACUAGUUUGGUAAAUGGGUACAUUUGCAAUAAGAGGAUAAAUGAAGCUCGGUCUGUUUUUAAUAAAAUGACUGAAAGGAAUGUGUUUUCAUGGACUGUAAUGAUUAGCGGCUAUGUGCAAAAUCAGAAAUUUAUGGAUGCAUUAGAACUUUUUAUCUGGAUGUUGAAAUCAGGGUGUCAGCCUAAUCAUUUUACUUUUUCAAGUGUGUUAGAUGCAUGUGCUGGGUGUUCUUCUCUUAUCAUGGGACAGCAAGUUCAUUCUAGCAUUUUAAAGUCUGGAGUACCAGGUGAUGACAUCUUGUCAACCUCAGUGGUUGAUAUGUAUGCAAAAUGCGGGGACAUUGAAGCGGCAUUUAGCUUUUUUGAGUCCAUGCCAAAUAAGAAUUUGGUGUCAUGGAAUUCAAUAAUAGGAGGUUUUGCUAGGCAUGGAUUAGCAAUAAGAGCAUUGGAGGAGUUUGAAAGAAUGAUAAAGUUUGGUGUUAGGCCUGAUGAAAUUACAUUCGUCAACGUGUUAUCAGCAUGUGGGCAUGGAGGGUUGAUUGCAGAAGGUGAAAAGUACUUCAACUCCAUGGUUGAGUACACAAUAAAAGCAGGAGUGGAGCAUUAUGCUUGCAUGGUAGAUCUCUAUGGGAGAGCGGGUAAGCUCGAGAAAGCAGAGAAAUUUAUCAAAGAAAUGCCUUUUGAGCCUGAUGUUGUCAUAUGGGGUGCAUUGCUUGGUGCAUGUGGGUUGCAUUCAAGCUUGGAACUUGGUCAGGUUGCUGCAGAGAGGAUUUGCAAAUUGAAAAACGAUCAUCCUGCAGUGUACUCAAUGCUUUCAAAGAUUCAAGGUGAAAAGGAAGAAUGGAGCAGUGUAAUUGAGUUCAGGGAAAUGAUGAAAGAGAGGCAUGUUAAAAAGCAGAAGGCAAGUAGUUGGGUUGAGUCUCCUUUUGGUGACAGAUAACAAAAUGACAGAAAUGCUUCUAGUAAAGUCAUCUUUGCUACCAAAUUAUUCAACCAAAGAUCUUUCCACACAACAAAAUCUUUUAAAAUGAUGUCUUCUUCAACAAGAAAUGAAUUUUCAACAUGCAUCACAAGGGAUAAGAAUUUUUCUUCAUGAAGUUGCUCAACAAGAUACCAAGUGCAAAGAUGGUUGAUGUCUCAGUUACAUCUACUGCAGCAGAAACCCUAUGAUCUGAUGAAAGAUUAAAAUAAAUUAGGAUAGAGUCAACAGACGGAGCAUAAAAUAGAACACAAAUUGUGGGAUAGAGGAUUUGUAUUCCCCAAAAUGAAUUGUGCAAGUCUUUGUUAUUAAUAGUAAAGUGGCAUUGCUGCAUGUGUGGGUGGCCGUGGGCUGGCUGCUUGCUGUAUGCUUGGGCUGUUGUCAGCGGAAUGCAGCGAUGGCUUGCAGCAUGCGUGAGUAACCAUGGAGUGUUGCCAGCGGCAAGCACGCAUGGCUUGCUGCACGCAUGGGUAGCCAUGGCUUAGUACCAGCAGGCUAUGCCGUAGAUCAAGAACUGACCAACAAAGAUGUCAUAGUUAAAGAAGCAUGUGAGAAGAUUAAGGCCACUAAAGAAAGAAUGAACUGGAUCUACUACUUCAAGCACCGAGAGGAGUUUGCAGUAGGGGACAUGGUGUAUUUCAAGUUGCAGCCUUAUAUACAACUCUCAGUGGCAGUUAGAACCAUCACCAUGUCAUCUGCUAGAUAUGUUGGUACAUUCAAGAUUUUGCAGAUGGUUGGGCCAAUGGCUUAUAAGUUGGAUUUGCCUGUUGAUGCACCAAGAGGAGUUUGCAGUAGGGGACAUGGUGUAUUUCAAGUUGCAGCCUUAUAUACAACUCUCAGUGGCAGUUAGAAGCAUCAUCAUGUCAUCUGCUAGAUAUGUUGGUACAUUCAAGAUUUUGCAGAGGGUUGGGCCAAUGGCUUAUAAGUUGGAUUUGCUUGUUGAUGCACACAUUCUUCCCAUAUUCCAUGUCUAGCUUCUUAAAAAAAAUUGGAAAACACUAUCAGUUCCAAAAACCUUUACCAGCCGUAGGUGCCAAUGAAGGAACAUUAAUGCCCUGGCCUAUGGUUGAUUGGUUGUUCUCGACCACAGAACUUGUAGUAGGAAACAAGAAGUCUUGAUUCUCUGGCAAGGGUUGUCCCCUGCUGAUGCUACCUGGGAAGAACAAGUCCUCAUUCAACAACAAUUCUUGAUUUUCUCCUUAAGGACAAGUAUAGCUCUCCCAAGGGGAGGGGAGAUAUAACAGUUCAAGUGGCAGGAUAUUUGGGUUACAUUAUCAUUUAUUUUAAUAAUGGUUAGCUAGUUGAGAGAUAAGCUCCUUAGUUUUAGUUAGUUGAAUCGGUAGUGGUUUGUUUGUUAUGUAACAUAUGUUCCUUCUUUGUAAUAGUUUAACUACUCCAGAAAUAAAUGAGAUCAUUGCACUCUGUUAUACACGAGUAUUUUGGAGGACAUGGCUCCCUUGAUCUA